AUGCCUCGAACUUCGUCUGUCUUGUCUUACUUGCUUUAUUUGGGCUCUGUGUUUGCACAGGAUGCUUCCACCACAUCCUCGUCGAAUGUGCCAACAGGGACGCCUGUUGUUGGUGACUAUGGAGGUGCUCUCAGACCACAGGUGCAUUUCUCACCUCCAAAAGGCUUCAUGAAUGAUCCCAAUGGUCUCUUUGUGGACGCCGAUGGUCUUUACCACGUCUACUAUCAAUAUAAUCCAACAGCUGAUGUAGCAGGCAACCAGCAUUGGGGCCAUGCAACUACGACCGAUGGUUACACCUUUGAAAAUCAGCCCAUUGCGCUCUUUCCUCCAAACAACGAGACAUUCGUGUUCAGUGGAUCGGCAGUGGUUGAUGUAAACAACACCAGUGGCUACUUCCCUGGUCAGGAUAACGGCGUAGUUGCCAUCUACACUUUGUCCAACAGCACGUCUCAGAACCAGAACAUCGCAUUCUCUAAGGAUGGCGGUUACUCUUUUGAGCCUUAUGAGGGCAACCCAGUCAUUGACAUUGGCUCGACUCAAUUCCGUGAUCCCAAGGUCUUCUGGCAUGCUGAAACUCAAAGCUGGGUAAUGGUCACAGUUUACGCUACUGAGUUUACUGUCGGUAUAUACACCUCACCCGACCUGAAGUCGUGGGAACACGCUUCCAACUUCUCUCACCAUGGCCUUCUGGGCAUUCAAUACGAGUGUCCUAACCUGGUUGAGAUGCCUGUAGAGGGCUCAGACGAGACGAUGUGGCUCAUGUUCAUUUCCAUCAACCCUGGCGCUCCUCUCGGAGGCUCUAUCUCUCAGUAUUUCCCCGGAUCGUUCAACGGUACACACUUCGAGGCUGUCGACCCUGUCGCUCGCAUUGCCGAUUUUGCCAAGGACAACUACGCCGGUCAAUUUUUCUCUGGUAUUUUUGGCACUGAGAAGCGUCUCAGCAUGGAUUGGGCUAGCAACUGGCAAUACACCAACAAUGUACCAACUGCAAAUGAGGGUUGGCGAAGCUCCAUGACGGUCUUCCGUGAGAACUAUCUGAAGCAGCUGCCUAACAUUGGUUGGGAUCUUGUCAGCUCGCCGUUCAACAUCAGCUCGCAGUUCUCGCAGGUUCUUGCUUCCAACUCAUCAUUGGGUAAUAACAGUAUCUUGCUCGACUACUCUAAUGUGCCUUCUGGUGCACUCUACUUUGAAGCCAACAUCACUGGUCUGACUCCUGAUACUUUGGCUGGAUCUUUGAACUUCACCUUCACUUCAUCUGUUAGUGGUGAGAACAUCCAGGGUGGCACAAUCCCUGGUGGCACCACUUGGCUGUCACGCAGAAACACAAAUUGGGGUGCUGAAAACCCUUACUUCACCGACAAGUUCUCCUCAGAAGGCAUCUAUAGUGGUAGCCAGAAUGGGACCUGGACAGUCAGCGGUGUCCUUGAUCGUACCAUCCUAGAGUUGUUUGUCAAUGGAGGCGAGCAGAGUGGCACCAUGACCUUCUUCCCUGAACACCCGCUUGACACUUUGAGAAUCGGAGCUAAGGGUAUUCCUCAGGGUGCUGGCGUGAGUGUGGCUGUUUGGGCUUUGAGAGAUGCGUGGGCUAGCCAAGCAAACGCUCAGGGUCUCGUCGUGGGUAACACCACAUCUACAGCAUGA